AUGAGUUUCCUCCAGCACUGUCUCUUGGAUCUCACUACCUGCCUGACUCGUAAUCACACCUUCUUUCUCCUGACCAAAGACCGAAUUUGCGUGCGCCUACCUCCUGAAACAGAGCGUCCAGUGCCGGCGGUGAGAGUCGUGAAUGGCGAUGGCUACUGUUCGGGAAGAGUGGAAAUAUACUAUAAUGGAGAAUGGGGAACGGUCUGCGAUGAUGACUGGUCCUUGGAGGACGCGCACGUUGUGUGCCGUCAACUGGGGUGCGAUCUUGCCGUGUCAAUACACUCGUCUAGCGAAUUCGGGCCAGGUACAGGGAAGAUUCUAAUGGACAACGUUGGCUGCAGCGGGACAGAAUCCUUCCUAUCGGCCUGUUCCUUUGGCGGCUGGGGAAAGCACAAUUGCAAUCACAACGAAGAUGCAGGUGUUGUCUGCAAACCAGGUACGAGUUUGCAUGUGAGACUGGUGGGCGGGAGCAGUCGCUGUUCCGGACGAGUGGAGAUCCGCUACAAUAACGAGUGGGGGACGGUUUGCGACGACGAUUGGUCAGCUGAAGACGCUGCAGUUGUUUGCCGACAACUCGGCUGCGGCUCCCCCGCGACUGCGCACCCGGGAACGCAUUACGGGCCAGGUAGUGGGAGUAUCUGGAUGGACGAUGUUACGUGCGAAGGAACUGAAGGUUUUCUUUCAGUUUGCACCUUCAGCGGAUGGGGAGUGAACAACUGUCAGCACGACGAAGAUUCAGGCGUGACCUGCCAAUCAGAUGUGGCGGUGCGGCUGGUAAACGGCAGCGACACCUGUUCGGGAAGAGUGGAGGUGUAUUACAAUGAGACAUGGGGAACCGUUUGCGACGACGAUUGGGGUCCGGAAGAGGCGAAGGUUGUUUGCAAUCAGAUGGGCUGCGGCUCUCGCGCAAAGGAGGUGUCAGGAGCGGACUUCGGGGAAGGUAGCGGGAAAAUUUGGAUGGACAACGUCGCGUGCAAUGGAAGUGAAUCUGCUAUUGCGCAUUGUUCUUUCGCUGGAUGGGAAAGCCAUGACUGCGCACACCAUGAAGAUGCUGCUGUGAUUUGUGAGGAAGAAUCGGCGGUGCGGCUGGUGAACGGUGGUGACGCCUGUUCGGGAAGAGUAGAGGUUUAUUACGAUGGAGUGUGGGGGACCGUUUGCGACAACGAUUGGGGCCCAGAGGAGGCGAAUGUUGUCUGCAAAGAGUUGGGCUGUGGCAGACAUGCUAUUGCAAAGUCGGGAGCGCACUUCGGGAAAGGUUGCGGGAAUAUUUGGAUGGAUAAUGUGGCCUGCAGUGGAAUGGAAUCUUCUCUUGUGUACUGCUCCUUCGCCGGUUGGGGGAGCCACGACUGCGGUCAUCAGGAAGAUGCGGCUGUGAUAUGUGAGGCAGAGGCGACAAUCAGUCUCGUAAACGGGAAGGACGUCUGCUCAGGAAGAGUGGAAGUCUAUUAUCAGGGGAAGUGGGGAACUAUCUGCGACGACGGCUGGGAUGCUGAAGAUGCGAAGGUUGUCUGCAAACAGAUGGGUUGCGGCUCCCAGGCAACGGCGAUGUUGGAAGCUCACUUUGGGGAAGGCAAUGGGAAAAUCUGGAUGAGCAACGUCGCUUGUAGUGGAAGCGAAUCUUCCUUUUUGGAUUGCUCUUUCGCGGGCUGGGGGAAUCACGGCUGCGGACAUGCGGAAGAUGCGGCUGUCAUCUGUGAGGACGAGCUGUAUAUCAGACUAGUUGGUGGCAGCGAUCGUUGUUCAGGAAGAGUGGAGGUGAGCUACAAUGGACAAUGGGGAACGGUGUGCGACGACGGCUGGGACAUGAAUGACGCCAAGGUGGUUUGUAAUCAUCUGAAUUGCGGCGAUCCCGCCUCAGCACUUCCGGGAGCAUACUUCGGCCAAGGGAAGGGGAACAUUUGGAUAGACGACGUCAAAUGCAAAGGAAAUGAAUCUUCACUUUGGGAAUGCUCCUUUUCACCGUGGGGGGAUAACAACUGCGGCCACGGGGAAGAUGCAGGAGUCAGAUGUAUAGAAGAGCUAGAUAUCAGGCUGGCAGGUGGCAAUGACCGUUGCUCUGGCAGAGUGGAGGUGAAUCAUAAUGGAUAUUGGGGGACCGUUUGCAACGACGGCUGGGACGAGGAAGAUGCAAAGGUUACUUGCAGGCAGCUGGGCUGCGGCUCCCGCGCAUCAACUCUUUCGGGAGCUCAGUUCGGGCAAGGAAGUGGGAAAAUCUGGAUGGGCAACAUCGCGUGCAGCGGCAAUGAAUCUUUCCUUUGGGAAUGUGCUUUCCCGGGAUGGGAGGUUCACAACUGCGGUCACGAACAAGAUGCAGGAGUGAACUGCACAGAAGAGAUGGAUAUAAGGCUAGUGGGUGACAGCGAUCGUUGCGUAGGAAGAUUGGAGGUCAGUUAUAAUGGAGAAUGGGGGACAGUUUGCCACGAUGGUUGGGACAUGGAGGAUGCCAAAGUCGCUUGUAAACAGCUCGGUUGUGGUCCUCCCACCGCUGCACUCCGCAGCGCUCACUUCGGGCAAGGGAGCGGGAAAAUCUGGAUGGACGAUGUUGCAUGUAAAGGAGGAGAAUCGACCCUUUGGGAGUGCUCCUUCCCGGGAUGGGGUAUUAACAACUGCGGUCAUGGAGAAGAUGCAGGAGUGAACUGCACGGAAGGCAACGAUAUAAGACUGGUUGGUGGCAGUGACCAUUGUUCGGGAAGAGUAGAAGUGAAGUACGAUGGACAAUGGGGGACGGUGUGCGAUGAUGGUUGGGACACAGAAGACGCCAAAGUCGUUUGUAAUCAGCUUGGCUGCGGAUCUCGUGUAACAGCCAUUCAUAGUGCUUACUUCGGGCAAGGGAACGGGAACAUUUGGAUGGACAAUGUUGCGUGCAGUGGAAGCGAGUCUUCCCUUUCAGAAUGCACCUUUGAAGGAUGGGGUAAACACAACUGCGGUCACGGGGAAGAUGCGGGAGUGAACUGCUUGGAAGAACUCGAUAUAAGGCUAAAAGGUGGCAGCGAUCGUUGUUCGGGGAGAGUGGAAGUGUACUACAAUAGACAAUGGGGAACAGUUUGUCACGACAGCUGGGACAAGGAAGACGCCAAGGUGGUCUGCAGGCAGCUGGGUUGCGGCUCACGUGUGGUAGCCCUUCCUGGUGCACACUUCGGAGAAGGGAACGGAACAAUUUGGAUGAACAAUGUUGGUUGCAAUGGAAGCGAAUCUUCCCUUUGGGAAUGCUUCUUCUCGGGAUGGGGUUUUACCAAUUGCGGCCACUGGGAAGAUGCAGGGGUAAACUGUACAACUUUUCCAGAGCUACAGCAUUAUAUCGCGGCUUUUGAACUCAGUCCUCCGACUAAUGAAGACCAACACAUUAUACGCCUUCUCAAUCACCCUAUCAACUUGCAGGACAACUUUGAAGGACCUAUGGACGAGGGAACCAAGAUCCCUCUGUUCCAAGACACUGCUAUGAAUCCGGCCGAACUGGAUAUAAGACUGGUUGGCCGCAGCGAUCGUUGUUCAGGAAGGGUGGAGGUGAAUUACAAUGGACAGUGGGGGACGGUGUGUGACCGAGACUGGGACACUGCAGACGCCCAGGUUGUCUGCCAUCAGUUGGGUUGCGGCGCUCACUCAUCAGCAUUUCAGGGUGCCCAUUUCGGGCAAGGCAGCGAACUAGAUCUGAGGCUCGUUGGUGGCAGUGAUCAUUGCUCAGGAAGAGUGGAGGUGAAUUACAAUGGGCAGUGGGGGUCCAUCUGCGGCGACGGCUGGGACAAGGAGGACGCCCAAGUUGUCUGUAAGCAGCAGGGAUGCGGCCUUCGGGCAGCAGCAAUAGCGAGCUCCCACUUUGGGCGAGGCAGCGGGAAAAUUUGGAUGGACAAAGUCGCAUGCAAUGGAAAUGAAUCUUCCAUUUGGGAAUGUGCCUUCGAAGGAUGGGGAAUUAAAAACUGCGUUCACAGGGAAGAUGCGGGAGUCAACUGUACGGACGAACUUGAUAUAAGGCUCGUAGGCGGCAGCAGUAAUUGUUCGGGGAGAGUGGAGCUGAACUACAAUGGACAAUGGGGGACAGUUUGCGACAAAGCUUGGGACUUGGGAGACGCCCAGGUCGUUUGUCACCGGCUGGGUUGUGGCUCUGCCGCGUCGGCCUUUCGUGGAGCCUACUUCGGGGAAGGGAGCGGGAAAACCUGGAUGGACGAUGUUGUGUGCAGAGGGAACGAAUCUUCGCUUUGGGAGUGCGCCUUCAAAGGAUGGGGGAUUACCAACUGCGGUCACGAAAGAGAUGCAGGAGUGAAGUGCGAAGACGAGCUGCGUGUCAGGCUAGUAGAAGGCGGAAAUCAUUGUUCGGGGCGAGUGGAGGUGAACUAUAAUGGAGAAUGGGGGACAGUAUGCCACGAUGGUUGGGACAUGGAGGUCGCUAAGGUUGUUUGCAAUCAGCUUGGUUGCGGCUCGCCAAUCUCCGUACUGCCAGGAGCACACUUCGGGCGAGGGAAUGGUGUAAUAUGGAUGGACGACCUGGCAUGCACUGGGAAUGAAUCUUCCCUGUGGGAAUGCUCGUUUUCCGGAUGGGGGAUUCACAACUGCAAACACUGGGAAGAUGUUGCAGUGAACUGUACAGAAGUACUAGAUGUAAGGCUCGUGGGUAGUAGCGAUCGCUGCUCAGGAAGAGUGGAGGUGAGCUAUAAUGGAGAAUGGGGGACGGUUUGUGACGACGGCUGGGACCAUGAAGACGCUAAGGUUGUUUGCAAUCAGUUGGGAUGCGGCUCUCGCGCAGUGGCGUUUCAAGGAGGGCACUAUGGACAAGGGAGCGGAAACAUCUGGAUGGACGAUGCCUCGUGCCGUGGAAACGAGUCUUCUCUCUGGUCCUGCCCCUUCGCCGGAUGGGGUAGUAACAACUGCGGUCAUGGGGAAGACGCAGGGGUGAUGUGUGCGGAAGUGUUGGACGUAAGACUGGUAGGUGGUAGCAGUCGUUGCUCAGGAAGAGUGGAGUUGAAUUACAACGGGCAGUGGGGGACGGUAUGCGACGACGGCUGGGAAAAAGAUGACGCCAAGGUCAUUUGUAGUCAGCUCGGUUGUGGUGCUCCUACGUCAGUUCUUUCAGGCGGACACUUCGGGCAAGGGAGCGGAGAAAUCUGGAUGGACGAUAUAGCGUGCAGUGGAAGCGAGCCUUUCCUCUGGGCCUGCACCUUCCCAGGAUGGGGCAUUAACAACUGCGGCCACGGGGAAGAUGCAGGAGUGAUCUGUGCAGAAGCAGGUCCUCGAUUGUGGCGAAGAAAGUACCUGAGAUGGAGUUAUGCGAGUCAACAGCCCUUUGCAGCUUCUCGUGAUCCUACACUUCGGAGACAAGGCUCCACACCGGGCGGUGAUGCAACCAGUCAGAAUGCUCUCCAUACCUGAGCUUGGAUCUGUCAAAAUCUGCAGAGUCUUCGUUGACAUACUGAAUUUAUUUUAACUUCAAACAAACCAGAGCUGGUGGAUGGGUGUCACUUUGAAUUUUCCA